CUCACUUUGACAUUUCCUUUGUCCCAAUUCCCUCGCCAAGAACUUGUUGUGAUGAGCAUGAAGAUCUUCAACUGGGUGCAGAGGAGGUUUCAUCAAGGCACCAUCAAAGAUAGGCUCGAUGGAAAUGUGAAGAAGGCUGAAUCCAUUACAAAAGAGGCUGACAAGCAAGCAUUGCUGAAACAAGUAGCCCUGGUGGAUGUGCUUGAUGGUUGGAAAGAUGGAAUUUUGACAAUUGGCACCUUAGGUCUUGACCCUUUAAUACCUUUUAACCAUCAAAAUGAUCAGUAUUUCAUUUUGGAAAGUGACGAAGAAGGUCAAGAGCAGGAGGAAGACGAAGGAAAAGAAGAAGAAAGGGAAAUAGAACAAUACUCAGUUGAUGAUGAUUAUUAUUAUGAUGACAAUGUUUUAGAUGAAGAAGUGAACCCUUUGAUAUAUGCAACAUUUGACCACAGUUUUGAGGAAAUUGGAUCAGAUUCUCUGCAUUAUGAUGUCAUAACCAACUCUACUACUAUCGCUGAGCAUGAACAAAGAAAAAACAAAGGAGAAAGAAUAACACUGGCAGAACUGUUCUUGGAAGAUUCUGACAUGAAAAGGAAGCCUGAUUCUGUUGAAGUUGAGACUGAACCAGGGAAUAAAAAGCCGGUUGCUCGUGCCAAAAGUAGCCUCUCUUUUGCCAAGAAGCUCAUACGUCCUCACGUUGUAGAGGAUUCACGUCCAAUCAAGAAAUUCAACCAAUUGAUGAGGAGAAUGUUGAAGAGAAAAAUUCACCCAGAAUUUGAUUGGAAGGGAAAUAAAACAGACAAUCAAAAUAAGUCUGGCAUUAUGGAUGUUCAUAUUAGCAAGGGAAAUAAAUAAAUCCGAAUCUGUUUCUCUGCUUCAAGCCCCAUCAGGUCCUACCGUAUGAGCUCUCAGUGACGAUCUAAUUUGCGAGAAAUGGAUUUGGUUUUUUUUUUCUUUUUUCUUUUUUCAAUGGUUGGGUAUGCAUGUGUGUUUUCCAAGUUUUCUUUUACUUUUUCGGAUUUCCUGAACGUUGGAUGUUUGGUUUUCAACACAUUAACAGGCUUUGAUUUGUUAACGGA